UCGGGUUCGCGGAACUAGCUGGCUGCCCCAGCUGCGUGCCGAGACUGGGGCUCCGGUGGGGCAACAGAGCAGCACCCGCCCGCCCAAAAUGCCACCCACACCCACUUUGUUGCAGAAGCUUUUCAGCAAAAAGAACGGCUUGAUUUCCCCCUGCAGAGACCUCAAGGAGGAGUGCGUCUUCAGCUGGCCUUUGCCGGAGUAUGAUCCAAGUCAAAUUCGCUUAAUUGUGUACCAGGACUGUGAAAGAAGAGGCCGGAAUGUCUUGUUUGAUUCUACUGCAAAGAGAAGAACUGAAGAUGCCUCCGUCUCAAAACUCUGUAAUGAUGUACAGGUAAAAGUCUUUGGGAAAUGUUGCCAGCUCAAGCCUGGAGGAGACAGUUCCUCCUCUUUGGACAGUUCAAUCAAUUCUUCAUCAUCUUCUGAAACAAAAGAGCAGUGUUCAAAAUAUCAGGGCUCCCGGUGUUCCUCAGAUGCUAAUAUGCUUGGGGAGAUGAUGUUUGGUUCUGUGGCCAUGAGCUACAAAGGUUCAACCUUAAAAAUCCAUCAAAUCCGUUCACCUCCACAGCUUAUGUUAAGCAAAGUUUUUACAGCUCGAACUGGAAGUAGUAUCUAUGGAAGUUUAAACACGCUUCAAGACAGCCUUGAGUUCAUUAAUCAGGACAGUAACAUGCUAAAGCCAGAUCACAGUACAAUUAUGAAUGGACUACUUGGAAACAUAAGUUUUUCACAGCUUUGCAGCCCUAGGCGGGCAUUCUCUGAACAAGGUCCGCUCCGCCUGAUCCGGAGCGCCUCUUUCUUUGCAGUUCACAGCAACCCUAUGGACAUGCCUGGGAGGGAAUUGAAUGAAGACAGAGAUAGUGGAAUUGCAAGAUCUGCAUCUCUCAGCAGCCUGCUUAUUACUCCAUUUCCUUCUCCGGGUUCUUCACUAAACAGAAGCUGUGCUGGCAGUUACCAACGGCGUUUGCGUCGCAAUCAGACAACCAGCUUAGAGAAUGGGGUCUUCCCUAGAUGGUCUGUAGAAGAAAGUUUUAACUUGUCAGAUGACAGCUCCAGCCCGAACCCAGGAAUUGUCAGGAAAAAGAAAAUAGCCAUCGGGGUGAUAUUCUCACUUUCAAAGGAUGAAGAGGAAAACAGCAAAUUUCAUGAGUUCUUUUUUUCCCACUUCCCCCUCUUUGAAACCCACAUGAACAAACUGAAGAGUGGGAUAGAACAGGCUAUGAAAAUGAGCCGCCGAUCAGCAGAUAGUAGCCAGAGGAGUUUGGCAUAUAACAGGAUUGUAGAUGCCUUAAAUGAAUUCAGAACAACAAUUUGUAAUCUCUACACCAUGCCACGGAUUGCAGAACCCGUGUGGCUUACCAUGAUGUCGGGAGUUUCUGAGAAGAACCAGCUUUGCCAUCGCUUUAUGAAGGAAUUUACUUUCUUAAUGGAACAGGCAUCCAAAAACCAAUUCUUACCAGCUCUUCUGACUGCAAUUUUGACAAACCACUUGGCUUGGGUCCCGACUGUAAUGCCAAAUGGCCAACCACCAAUCAAAAUCUUUCUAGAAAAGCAUUCCUCACAGAGUGUGGGCAUGUUGGCCAAGACGCAUCCAUACAAUCCAUUAUGGGCACAAUUAGGAGACUUGUAUGGAGCUAUUGGGUCACCUGUGAGACUAUCAAAAACGGUUGUGGUUGGCAAAAGGCAAGAUCUUGUGCAGCGUUUGCUGUACUUCCUCACUUACUUCAUACGAUGCUCUGAACUGCAAGAGACUCAUCUUCUGGAAAACGGAGAGGAUGAGGCUAUAGUGAUGCCUGGCACAGUUAUCACUACUACCCUAGAAAAAGGGGAAGUAGAGGAUUCUGAGUAUGUUCUGGUUACAGUGCACAAGAACAGAAUCAGCUUGUCCCUUAAAGAGUCUGAAGAAGUGAGAACUUCUAACUGCAGCUGUAAAUAUUGCAAGUGUCCACUUAACCCUGGUCAAAAUACUGAGGAUGUUUCAGCACAGGAGAGGGAUGAUCCCCCAGAAGCCCCAGAGCUCUUAGAGACUGAGGCUGCUUCAGCUGAGAACAGAGCUGUACCUCCUGACUUCCAAGAAAGUACUGCUGAUAUUAAGCAAUGCAAAGAGAUGCUGACUUCUUGCUUGAAUAUAAAGUUAGAGAAAGUGGUCUUCACGGGGUCAGCAUCAGUUGAAACGUGCAUGUUGAUGGGGCCCAGAUUGGAACCAACAGGUGGAUCAUGGAAGAAUGAUGCAUCAUCAGAUUCUGAUAAUCAGCCUGCUGAAGUAAGAAAAUCAACUAAUUCAGUGGUAGAGAAAAAACCACCUGAUAAAGUCUCAUCUGAUGCCAUUCCUUGCAGUAAUAUGGCUGAGGCUCAGACAAAGGUGACUUUCCUCAUUGGAGAUUCCAUGUCACCUGAUUCAGAUAUUGAGGUCCGAAGUCAAGCAGUUGUGGAUCAAAUGUCCAGGUGCACCAACCAGACAGAGAAUGAGGAAGGGGUGACAGCUGAUCAGAACUGUGAAGCAAGUCAAACCCUUGAGGACCAAACAAGAGAUUGUAAUAUUUCUGAAGCAUUUCCUCAGGUUACCAAUAAGCUUCAGAGUUGGAAUCCUUACAAUGAGGAAAGUGUGAGCCCACUUGAAUAUUUUCCUGAGGAGAAUUCCGUUGAAACUAGGACUAUUGAUAAUAUUCCAGUGAAAGCAACAACAGACAUUCUAGACACCACCAGUAGUUUAGAAUUUCCCAGAAAACCAUGUACAAGGAACUGCAAACCUUCCAGUGAAUUUUGUAAGUUUAUGGAAUCUGUGCGUCAAGAGACAUGCAAAAACUGCUUUGCAGAGCAGGACCAAAGAGACAAAAUCUCUAUAUGUAUCCCCCAUGGGGACAGAGAGAGCUUAGAAAAAAAGGCUGACCCAGGUGCAGAUUGGGACAUUCCAAGAAACGAGAGUUCAGACAGUGCUCUUGGUGACAGUGAAAGUGAAGAUACAGUUCAUGAGGUGGCCAGAACAACCAAUAACUACUAUGGAGUAGAGCAAGAAGAGUGGGCUGAAGAAGAGGAGAUACUUUUUCCUGGGUCAAAAUUAAUUGAAGUGAACUCUGUCCAGCCCAGUAUUGCCAAUUUUGGAAGGUCCUUGCUAGGUGGCUACUGUUCAUCUUACGUACCUGACUUUGUUUUGCAAGGAAUAGGAAAUGAUGAGAAACUGAAACACUGUUUGAUGUCAGAUUUGUCGCACGCUGUGCAGCACUCUGUUCUUGAUGAACCAAUUGCAGAAGCUGUCUGCAUUAUCGCAGACACAGAUAAAUGGACAGUACAAGUAGCCAGUAGUCAGAGACGCAUGAUUGACAAUAAACUCGGGAAAGAUGUGUUAGUUUCUAACCUUGUCUCCAACCUGCUUCAUUCCACUCUCCAGCUUUAUAAGCAUAAUUUAUCUCCAAAUUUUUGUGUCAUGCACCUGGAAGAUCGAUUGCAGGAGCUAUAUUUCAAAAGCAAAAUGUUGUCUGAAUAUCUCAAAGGCCAGAUGCGAGUUCAUGUCAAGGAGCUCGGAGUAGUGCUGGGGAUUGAAUCCAGUGACCUCCCUUUAUUGGCAGCUGUAGCAAGCACUCAUUCUCCAUAUGUUGCCCAGAUUUUGCUUUAAAAUACCAAAGGGCACAGACAAUAACUUUCUUUUUAUAAAAUGGAAGACAAGGAAACAGACAUAAGCCACUCUUGUCCUGGCUCCUUUGUGCCUGCAGGCCAAUGAACUGAACAGCUUUCUUUAGCUGACUUGUGUGCCUCUGCAACUGAAUAUAUACUGUGCAAACAAAUGGAGUCUCUCCCCUGCCCCUUCUUUUUCUUGGCCAUUCAUUUAAAUGAAGUUAAAAAUUAAGACCAGAGGUUCAGAUCAUUGGAGAAGAUGCUAGAGCUUGAAGGACUCUAAAUGGUUUGAGCAGACCUGCAAAAGUGAAUACAACAUGCUAUUCAAAUCUGAGAAUACAAGGAAGAGGAAUGGCUUCUUAUGAUCCUACGCAGUGCUGUUACUGUUUAUACACAAAAGCAAUCCAGCUGGCUUGGGGGUGACUUGGUACCAAUUAGGAGAGCAUUUAAAGUAAAAAAAACUCAUCAAGCUACAGUUAUUUGUAGCAACUUUGACUAUUUUUGCAUUAAAAAGCUGAAGAUCUUGGGAGGGAGGGACAUUUAAAAGGGCAGGAAUACCCUACUAAUGCUCAGAAAUGUAUUUGUAGAAUUUGGUCCAUUUUGGAUGGAGUAAGUUGAGAGUUCUAGCCAAGACAUGUUUGUCAGUUCUCUAUAAGAUUGGCUGUGUAACUGGUAGUAUGAUUUCAUUGUUAUUCUGACGUUGAUGCAGAAAACAAAAAAAGAUCAGAAUGUCAACUGGAAUUUGUAUACAGAAUCUUGUUUUGAAUUUUUUGGGGGGGAAAUUACAAAUUUUUAUGUCUUUGUUGGGUCCUAUUUUAGGUGCAGUUCAGAAAAAAUAGAUGCCCUUAAGUUACUUUUGAAAUCCAGAAGGUUUAAGCGCUUAAUUGUGUGAUCCUGUGCAGAAUUACUCUAGCCUAAACCAAUUAAAGUCAAUAGACAGGAGAGAUUCUGCACAGGAUUAAACUGUAAAUGCAUGCUUCCCAUUGGUUUAAGUCAGACUUAAGGCUGCCUCAGUAUCUUUGGAAUGUGCCUAUUCAUUUUAUCUGUUGAUUUAACUGCUUUGUUCCAGGCAGUUACUAUGAAGAAGAUAUGGUAAUGCACUUACAAAAAUAUCCAAGAUUGGAAUAGGUUGGUUUGAAAAAAAUAUUGUCCUUAAUUGCUCAGGUAAUUGUGGUGUGUGUGUGUGUGUGUGUGGUUUUUAAAGAAAGCCUUUUUGUAACUAUGGAAUUUGAAGCUGGCUCUGCUUUUCACACCUUUUUAAUAACUGUAUCAGCAUCAUUUUAGACAUACUACCCUCAUGGUACUCGUUUUUCCCUCUUAACCUGUUUCCUAACAAUAGGCUUUAAAAAAAAACUGUUCUAACUCGUGCUCGGUAUUUUCCCCCAUGCACCAAUCUUGGUGUUGUCAGAUUGCUGAUGAGGGACCUAUCAGUUAUAUGAAAUACAUACAGCAGAUGGAAUGCUUAUGUUCUGUACAAGGUUUACUACCUCAGUUUAUAUAGUGGGACAUGGCAUUAAAGAUCUUUUCUUGUUUUCCCUGGCAUCUAGCGAAACAUCAUUAACUAUGCUUGUCAUUAGUUUCUUUAAUGUUCUGAAGUUCAUAGACCAGCACACAAUGGAAAGAAAUGGCAGAUAUUCCUUAAUUAACUAAAAUAACGCCUACCAUGCUGUACAGUUUUCAUGGAUCAUACAGACAUUUCAUUUUUUGCAGGGGAGGGGGGAAAUGGCAGCACACUUGAAACUCUUUAGUCAUGAAGGACUACAGCUUUUUUCUUUACAGGCUGUGAUAACACUGCUGGGAACUCACAUCUUGUACUCAGAUGUUAAAGGAUAAAAGCAAUUCACACCCCCUGAUAGCAACAUCAUUCUUACUGAAUUCGUGUUGGCAACUAUCCCAACUAUUGUAUCAUGGUCUUCCUUACAGCCAUGCAUUUUUGGCUUUUAAAAACAGGUUUCAUUUUCAUUAUUUAUUUAUUUAUUGAUACUUUCAAGAUUUCUCUACUUGAGUAGAGAAUGAGUGCUUGUGUUGCCUUUUUUUAAAAAAAAUGUGCACCCCUUGAACAAGGCUAUCUUGUCUUUUGUAGCAGUUCCCCAUCAUUUCGUAACAUUUUGUGUGUUUUCCCUUUGAAAGAAACCCUUUAGCAUCUUUUUUCCAGAAUUUAGUACAUUGUCUGAUAUCAAUUUCAUUGUUGAAAAUGCUUCAGCCUUCAGAUUCUUCCCAUUACACCUAUUUCAUUCAAUAAGAAUUGUGUUGGAAAACCCCUUUGCAAGCCAUGCCAUUUCUCUAGUGAACAAAUGUGAAAUAAUUAGAUUUGAUAUAAGAGCACUCUGGUUGAUUUCACUAUGAGUAACACCUUCUAGCAGGUGCCGUGAGUUAAAGGGUUGCACACCUGUUUGCUGCAAUGAGAUUUUAAUUGUGCAUGAGACUGCAGCAAAUUAUUGUAACCAGGAGUUCCAUAUGUGCAUGGAACUCCACUGCCACUCUGAGCAUAUGGAGCUCUUCUAUUUUUUACAGCCAGCCAUGGUGGAUUGCGGAGAUGUGCUUACCUGUCAUAUCUUAAACUUCAGACCCUAUUUCGAUUAAAAAGAAAAAAGAAAUACAAGAGAAUAGCCAUAUGGCUUUUCUCAAAUUGCAGAAGAUAAAUUUUCAGCUGAGCUAAAUAUGAACAAUGUGGUCUGAAGCAUUGUCAGUAAAUAAAAAUUAGCAUUGACUGCUGCAAAGCCUUUUUUCUGUAAUGUAAUCUGUACCUGGCUUGUGUUGUUGCAUACUCUAUCCAAAAGGAUUCAUAAAUACACACUUGCAUAGACAGAAAACUGGGUGUCAGUUUGUCUCUCAAAAUCAUAAUCCUGAACAUUUUAUAUAUUUUUUCAGUGAAAAAAAUUAAGUAAUAGAAGGCUUCAAGUAUUCCCAUGUUGACAUUGCAAACCAGUUACUCAGUGUAAAUAUCAAGGUUGCAUCCCUGACAGAUUUUAUGUGGACUCAGCUCUAUCACUGCACUAUCCUCUCCAUUAAUAUUGCUUAUUAAAGAAUUUCAGGCAUCACACUGAUAUUACUUAUCCCUUUUAUGAUUAUGAAAUCAAUUUGAGGAGUUGUCUCUUGCCCAUCCCAUUUGUUUGGUACUCUGUGACAGCUUUGUGCCUGGCUGCUAUGCUGUCUUAAGGGAUGGAAGCCAUUACUGUUGUAGUAAUGUCAACUCCAACAGCUGAGCCAGUGCAACUUCCUGGGUCAAUUCACAUCACCUAAUGCCACAAGGUACAUCAGCAUUACAGUACAGCAGUACUCAUUGCUCCAUCCUACUUACUUAUUUGCUAGUGCACUGGCUCAUAGAAUCAGCAGGGCAACUUGAUCUGAUCAGUUAUUUGAGACACUGGCUUGGAUCCAAUGGUGUACCAAUGAAAACAUAAAUGGAGUUCAUGCAGUUUUGCUUGGGCAUAAUCUUGUGCAGCACCUAGCGCUUUACUUCCUAUAUAUUAUAGUAGCCAGAAACUGGUUGCACAAUAGCAUGUGCAAGUGGGAACACAAGUGGGGAUACAAUAAGUUUGACUUAGUACAAGCAGCUACUAUGGACUUUUUCUUAAAUAUGUGCUUGCACAAGAGCACUUGCACAGUUGGAAUUUUUGCACUGGAUCCAACUCACAGAUUUGCCUCCUAAGGGCAUUAGAUAAUCACUCAUCCACCACCCUACAAAUAUCUGAGCAUUGGGUUUAUUUAGAGGAGAGUGAGAAUAGAUUGUUUUGAUAGUCAUAAUAUGGUAUUUGUUGGAAUGGUCACUGUUCAAAGCACACUGUAGCAUGAUGGCAUGUUUUCCUGUGACUGAUUCUUGUUUAUGGUACAUGCAAUUUUGUGGUACAGACACCUGAUUGUUUUUAUUUUUUAAGGGAACUAUAACAGCACUUGUAGUGUUUACCUCUUAAUGUUUCAUGUUUUUCACAACAAUGUAGAUACAGAACUAAUCUUUUUUUUUUGAUUUUGCAAUAUUCCCAACAUCCAUUAAAAUUAAUAUGUCUUAAUUCUAAGGCUGAAAAUAUUUUAAGUGUAUUACACAUACAUACUAGCAAAUGCUGUCCCACUGCAGCUGGCAACUGUAAAUGCAAGGCUGUCAAAAAGGAAAGAGAGAGAGAGAGAGAGAGAGAAAUGAGCCCCCCCCCCCCAAAUCAGGGUUUUUAAAUCUUGUCUUUUAAAACCUCUGUUAAUUAAAGUAGAUAUUCCAUGAUGUUUUUUUUCUGUUUAUCUCUGCUCUCCCCUAAAUAAUAGUGGUAUGUGUAAUAUGAUGGGCAAAAUGUAUAUACUUGUUAUCUUCUUCUUUUUGUAUAUAUAAAUUUCCCAAGAUGUGCACUUGUACUAUAAAAACCAUUCCCAAUUUUAGGGGAACUUUGUGCAAUAAAUACAAUAUUGUCCAUUUAA